GGGGUUUAUAAGUUGGGGGCCUGUGAGUUGGCGCCUACCAAUAUAUUACCUCGCGGCGUGCCAGCCGGUCACGUUCCAAAGGCAACACGCCCCAACGGUGAACGUCUGAGCGACGUUUUCUCCCCUUUCCCAUUACUCUCCUGACGCUAUGUCUGACGCGCCCGCCAUCGAUGCACAAUCGUUGAGGAGAACACAGUCCACUGGCGACAUCCCCACGCGGGAGCCCACCCAGUCCUCCCGGGCGCGGGGAUCAGCCUCGAAUAACCGCCCAGGCCGCAGUGUUCCUCGGUCAACUUCCUCGUCCAUUCCGAAUACUGCCCCUUCCCCAAAUGCGGCCACUCCUUGGCUCAGGCAAGCUGGUCAACCGUCAUCUCAAGAGUCAGGCACACAACAACCCGACAAUUCUCCUGAGCUCUCUCUCUAUGAAAGAAUCAAGCACUUCUUCGGGUUGGGGUCCAACGCUUCUAGAACGCGGAAGGCCCUUGUGUCGCUUGUUCUCACUCUUUCUUAUUCGUUUCUGCAGGUCGUCGCAAUCAUAACAGUCCUGAGUAUGGCCUCGGUUACUUCCAGUCCUCAAAACCACUCCGUCAACCAAAUCGAUGUCUGUGGGCGAGCAUUGGUCGCUUGGAACUCCAUCUGGAUAGUGCGACUGAUCUUGGCGUCUGGACUGUCAUACUGGCAUUUCCUGCGGAUACGAACAACUGACAACACACGUCGGGGGGAUUCUGAGUUGACCGCUCGACCUGGCACAGGCCAGGUUUCCCGUAACGAAGACGCGAAUCAACGUAACAGAGAGGGAAUAUCAAGGAGUUCAUCAGGUCCAGCUCUCCCCUCUAGUUCGGAAUCUACAGAGCCUACUCUGCCCUAUAAUCAUAUCUACGCUCGUUUGUCCCUUUUCGCAUCUAUGCUUAGCUUGGCUUGGUUCCUUACCGCACACAUUUUGGAAUAUACGACCAUUCAGACUUGCCGUCUUUCUGCUCCCCUGGUGUGGUGGCUUACAUUCGCGAUCCUUUGUACCAUGUAUUUCAUUGUCCUGGAAGUUGUUCUAUUUGGGUUUCUCGUGUUUAUGGUUCUGCCACUCAUUAUGCUCCUUUACAGCGUCAUCCUACUAUGUCUUGGGCGUCAUCCGCUCCAAAAUCCACACUACAUUAAACCUGAAAUUGGAAAGUUGCCCAAAUCCGUUGUGGAUCGGAUUCCUCUUGUGAUAUACAUCCCCCCUCCACCCGACGAUGCAACACAACCUAUAUCCCUACCAAAACCAGUUCACACUUACCCGCCGAAACCGCCCACUGCUCUAAGAAGAAAGAGGUUUGCAUUCCUUCCCAGGCGCCGCCAAAAAGAGGGUGCGAUUGAAAGCCGGGUAGAAGAUAGAAGGGCAACAGCCCCGAGGCCUGCUGACGCUACGGAAGAAGAGACGUGGGAGGAUACGUGGGAGCAGUGUCAGUAUCCGUUUGUCAGACUGGAUGGGAACCGUGCUGCUUGCGCCAUUUGCUUGAUGGAUUUCGAAGAACCGAGGAGGCAGUCUGCAGUGGGGGGCGGAGAUCCACAAAGGAAAGGUCAACCAGAUGCUGCGGUAGUGCAACCACGGGGACGGGAAGAGGAAAUUCCGGUUGAACGUAUCACAGAAGAAGAACGAGAUGGAAUACCUCGGCUCCAAUUUGCCGGUGAAGGACCUCAACCGCUACGAUUACUUGCUUGUGGUCAUGUUUUCCACAAAACGUGCAUUGAUCCGUGGCUCAUCGACGUCUCUGGGCGUUGUCCAGUUUGCCAGCGCCCUGUCGAGAUCGAUGAUGUGGAUCCUAAGAAGGCGAAGCGAAACAGACGAAGUUGAACAUCUUGGCUUUGGAAACGCGAAAAAGGCUGCAAGGUACGACGCUGAGAGCAAAAUACUAAUGUAGACAUUUGUGGCGCUGGAGGACCUCUCAUCGCAUGUCAUGUAUUUUUACGCUCGCACAUACAAUCGUCAUCCGCCCAUAUCUGUCUGAC